AUGGAAUGUGGCAGUCGCCCCUCUCUGCUCUGCAGUCUCUCCUCCCUGCUUCUCCUGGUGCAGCUGCCCACAUGGGGCUCUGCAGAUGUGUUCCAGGUGAUUGGCCCCACUGACCCCAUAGUGGCAGUGUUGGGUGGUGAUGCCAUUCUGCCCUGCUCCCUGUGGCCAGCCAUGAAUGCAGAAGACAUGGAGCUGCGGUGGUUCCGGUCUAAGUUCUUAGAAGCAGUGCUCGUCUAUCAGAAUGGCCAGGAGCUGGACGAGGAGCAGCUGCCCCAGUAUGCAGGGCGGACCUCACUGGUGAGGGAUUUCCUCUCUCAGGGUGAGGCUGCUGUGCACAUCCAGAACAUACAGGUUUCAGACAAUGGCAAGUACACUUGCCUCUUCAAACAAGGAAGGCAGUAUGACGAAGCCAUUUUAGAUCUUCAGGUGGCAGGCCUGGGCUCUGCCCCACAAGUGCACAUUGAAGGGCCAGAGAAGGACGGAGUCCGUGUAGUGUGCAAGGCCUCAGGGUGGUUCCCAAAGCCCCAGGUGCAGUGGAGAGAUGUCCGUGGAGAGAAGUUCCCGGAGUUCUCUGAGACCCACACCCAAGAUGCAGCAGGGCUGUUCAGCGUGGAGGCUGCUGUGGUGGUGAGAGACAACUCUGCAGGGGAUGUGACCUGCUCCAUUCUCAAUCCCUUCCUGGGCCAGGAGAAGGUCAUGGCCAUUCCCAUCCCAGAGCCCUUCUUCCCUCAGGCCUCUCCCGGGAAGGCAGCUUUUGUUGUAAGCCUGACUGUGCUGGGGCUGCUACUUGUUGGAGCUGGCUGGGUCACCAAGAGAGAGCAUUCUGCAAAGGUGCAGGAGAGGCAGAGACAGAAGGAUCUGUGCCGGGCUAAGGAGGAGCAGCAGCACGCGAAGGAGGAGGCUCUGAAGUCCAGAGAUGAGCUCCAGGCAGAACUCGGUCGGAGGAAGGCAGCAUUCCGGGCUGACACGCUGCAGGAAGUCACGGCUGUUCACAUUGAGGACAAAGAGGAGCAGUUAAGGAAACUGAAUUUAGGAAGGCCAAAGACCGUGGCUGAAGCUGUGACGUUAAGAAUAAGUAAACUUCAGGAAGUCCAUCUCAUGGACCCUUGA